AUGCAUUACACCAACCUUCUCCUUAUCGCCACCAGCUCUGGAGCCAUAGCCGCCGGUCUCUCAGACAUGAUCCCGAAGAGAGCCGUUCGCGGCCUCGAGAACCGUGGUCUCCUGGCAUGCGCUGAUGUUGUGAAGGAUCACAGAUCCGUGACCACGGAUCUUCCUGAAUUGUUUACGGCGUUGCCGACUACCGUCAACAGCGACGAUAUCCCGAGCAUCACGAAUCCGUGCGAGUUGCCCACGCUGACAGGCUGGGCCGGCGACGCCUUGUCCUCGUACACCUCCGAUUUGAACUCCUGGACGAGUGCCCACAGCAGCGACCUCAGCUCCAUGUGGUCCGCUUGCAAGGAUGAGGGUUUCGUCCAGAAAAUCACUUCUCUCGCUGGUAGACUGUCCCCGGUUUGCUCGGCCGCCCUGGACUUCAGUCGCGCCCUCGACGGUACGACGACUGCGACUGCUACCGGUGCUGCGGCUACUACUACCGCUGCUGCAUCUACUGAUACCGGUAGCGCUCCCGGAGCUACUGCCGGUACCGGCUCAACAAACGCUGCUCCGCGGGAGACCGGCAUGAUUUUGGUUGCUGCUGCAGCCGCUGGCGUUGCUUUUGCUGCCAUUCAGUAG